AUGAAUUGUAACGAACUCCAAGAAAACACCACUGGGGAGCGAUAUAUGAUCAAGCGGCCCAAGGCGCUGCAAUGGUUUCAUAAUGGGCGACUCGUAAAGGAAAGCGAUGAGGAGCGACAAGCAGGUCGUUUUGAGCUCUUUCUCGAUUUACUGUACGUUGCCAUUGUAGCGAAUUUCAGCGACGACCUCGCCGAAAACCCAGAUGGACAGCACCUCGCCAAAUACAUUCUCAUUUUUGCGCCUGCAUGGCACAUAUGGGUCGAUCUUCGCGAAAUUAUGAACUCAUACUACACCGAUGACCUCCUCCAACGACUCAUCAUCCUAUGGGUCAUGGCGCUCUUGGUUCUGUACGCGAAUAAUGCCCGCCUCGUUGACGAAGAUUUGACGGCGAUGCAAACGACCGCUGGUGCCUACGUCGUAGCCCGAUUCACCACCAUGUGCGCGUUUCUCGUCUGCUCCUUCGCUAGUUAUCAGCAUCGCGCGCAGGCCCGCGUUUUGGCUUUUUUCAUGUUCAUCGGCCUGUUCAUCACUAUUCCGCUAUUCUUUGAACAAGUCAGCAUUGAGGCCAAAAUCGCCGUUGUCGCUGUCAUCAUCUUCUAUCAGGAGAUUACCUGGUCACUCACUCUAAGCCCCUGGAUCAAGCGCAAGUUGAAACUCACAUACAGCACGGCGGUUGACAUUGCUCACGAGAUAGACCGCAUGGCUGCAUUCUUCAUCAUUAUUCUCGGCGAGUUUGUCUAUAGCGUAAUUGUUGGCGACCCAGCUGGGGUGGGCUUAACACAGGGCUAUGCCAAAGCUGCUUUCACGCUCAUCAUUGCCUUCUGCCUCAAUUGGAUAUAUGUCAGCGGUGAUGGAAGCUUGGAGGCAACACAUCCAAUUCGGCGAUCUGCUUGGACGGCCUUUGGCUUCUUUCUGCUUCACUUGCCGUUGUCCGCGUCGUUUCUCAUUGGCGGUCACAUUGCAGCCAUCAGCACGCGGCUGGACGAGUUUGAAGAUGGGCAGCGAUGGCUUCUAGGAGGAGGUCUGGGUGUUGGCAUGUUUUGUCUCUGGAUCUACGGCAUGUUGUAUCGCACGCACGAUGAAGAUUGCCUGAUCAUGUCAAAGACACCCCGAAUCGGUAUGCGUCUGGUUGUCGCCAUUAUUUUGCUUACAUUACCUGCAACGAACGAUGGCUUGUCCACGACGGAUUUCAUGGCAAUAGUCAUGUCGCUGUUUGCGUUUUUGGUCAUCUGGGAGACUGUUGGAGGGCUUCUCAAGGGGGCUCAGGUCUUUGAGCCCUGGACUGAUCGGAAUCCGCCUAUAAGAGAUGAGGAGGGCAGCGAAGAGGAUUUGUGA